AUGAGUGAUGAAGAGAUCACUUAUGCAACUGUGAGAUUUGGUAAAUCUUCGGAAUUGCAGACCAGAGGAAGGAAGGACGAGAAUCAAGGGCCGAGACGAACUGUUCACAGAGAGUGUUUAGCCCCCUGGUACCUCAUUGCAAUAUCUCUGGGAAUCCUUUGUUCCUUUCUGGUGGCCGUUGCAGUGUUGGUGGCAUAUCUUUCUCAGGAUAGUGGAAACAACCAUGAACUGCAGAAAACUCUAAACAGCCUCACUCAACAGUAUCACACCCUGCAAAGUAACAACUCCGUAAUGAAAGAAAUGCUGAGAAAUAAGUCUAGAGAGCUUGAUGACUACAAACGUCAGAAGGAACUUGACUCCUCCAACAAAGAACGAAACAGAUGCUGUGGGGAAAGUAAAGUUUUAGACUGCACACAGCUCACAGGCAAAAAUGUUGAAGGACACUGGUUCUGCUGCGGCAUAAAAUGUUAUUUCAUUUUGGACAAUAAACACUGGAGUGGAUGUAAACAGACCUGCCAGGAUUACAGCUUAAAACUUUUGAAGAUAGAUGAUGAUGAUGAACUGAAAUUCCUCCAGUUCAAAGUUAAUCCAAACUAUUACUGGAUUGGAUUAUCGUAUGAUAUGAAAAAAAGCAAAUGGCAAUGGAUUGACAAUGGCCAAUCUAACCUUGAUUUGACAACAGUGAAAUCAUUACAGGAAAGUACAGGCUGUGCAUUUCUCAGUUAUAAAGGAAUACAUCCCAAUGACUGUGGUAGAAACCACCCCUGUAUCUGUGAAAGGAGAAUGGAUAAAUUCCCUCAUCCAGUGUGCAGUAUGGAGGAAAAGUAA